UUAAUUCAUCAACAGCGGGGCUUCCCUGACCCUUUGUCCCCCCAUCACACAGGUUGCCUGCGAUUACUACAUACAUAGGUAUGCAUUAAGUGGGAGUAGUAAAACCAAUGCUGGCUUUCUCCCUCUGAAGCAUGCGGCACUGAGUGCUCUAAGAAUGAAUCGAGGAACAGAGAAGUUUUGUUAAUGCCUGAUUGGGCAGGAAGUGGGGGAGUGAAUUCAGCCGUUUGUCAGUUUGUCUGGGGAUGCUUGACUCAGUGGACAUUUAAAAUCAACAGAUUCUGCAGAGAUGUAGGAAUACUUGAUUUGCCGGAAUAAUAAUACAAAAUACAGAACCAUGGAUCUUUACUUUAUUGCUGUUGCUUUUAUUGCGUUUGCUGUGACUGUUGAGUCCUGUCCGCCUCAGUGUCGAUCCUGUGUGGGAGGGACAGCAGACUGCAUGGGCGUCGGCCUUCGAGACAUUCCAAGAAACUUUCCAAGUGAAACUGUGACUAUUGACCUCACAGACAAUCAGCUGACUGAUAUUCAGCAGAGUGAUUUCCCAGUACAGUCCAAUGUCCAAAACCUAAGACUGUCCAGAAAUGGACUCAGCGCAAUUGCACCGAGAACAUUUUCCAACAUGGAGCGCCUGAUGAGUUUGGACCUGUCUCUGAAUCCCAUCACCAGAGUCCAUGAUAAGUCGUUUGAGGGUUUGUCCAAGCUAAGAUCCUUGACACUGACAAACACUAAACUCCGAAAGCUAGGAAAGCCCUUCAAUGAAAUCCCUAAUGUGAGCUCCCUUUACUUGGGAUAUAAUCAACUUGAACAAAUCGAAGAAGAUGACUUUGAAAUGAUUACACGGGUCAGAAGUAUCGACCUCAGUGCUAAUCGCAUUCAAUCCAUUCACCCAAGAGCUUUUGAAAAUCUUCCAUAUUUGAGAUAUCUCAUAUUAAAAAACAACCCAAUCAUGGAGGCUAAGGGACUUCAAUUCACUUCCAGUAUGUUGCAACUCGUAGAUUUUUCUCAGUGUAACCUGGUCAGUGUACCUGGACCCAUGCCUUCCUCUGUUGCUGACUUCCGUCUGGGCAACAAUGAAAUUACAGAAAUUAAAGUAACAGAUUUUGAAAACAUCACAAACCUUCAGUUACUCACCUUGAUUGAAAACAAAAUUUCAAAAGUUGAGUAUAUGGCUUUUUCCACCAACAUCAACUUACAGGAACUCUGGUUAAACAGUAAUAACUUGAAGAUGAUUCCCAGAGGACUUCCAAUCAGACUGGAAAAACUGUACAUGGAUCAGAAUGAAGUGCAUGAUAUUGAGUCUGGACUUUUUGGAAAGGAUGCCAAUUUGGAAACGUUGUCAUUAAACAUGAACGCUGUUCGCCAAAUUCUCAGCGAUUCCUUUUCUGGCUUGAAAAACCUCACCAAUAUUCUUUUAAAAUCUAACAGCAUUCAAGAAAUCAGAAGUGGAACAUUUACAGACAUGUUGAGCUUGAAGAAGCUUGACCUUUCAAAUAAUCCUUUGAAAAAAAUUCUCCCAAAUGCUUUCAAUGAUUUACCAAGCCUGCAGGAUUUGGAUAUGUCAUACCAAGAACAAACCAAUGUCUCCAUAGCUGAAGAUUUCCUAAAUGGUAUCAAAACAGUUCAGUCCCUUCAGUUCAUGAAUAGUCCUGGCCUAGCCAAAAGCUUUUUGGAUUUGGUUGAGAAAAAUAGAGGGUUUAGUUUCCCUUCAUUGAAAGUAGUCAACCUUGAAUACAAUGAACUGGAGACUUUACCAUCUAACCUAAAAGACGCUUUGGUUAGCCUAGAAAUGAUGACAUUAGAUGGCAAUCCCUUGGAGUGUGACAGGCGAUUGCUAUGGCUAAGGAACUGGAUGAAAAAGUCUGAAAUCAAGUUCUACAGCUUUGAAGCACCAAAGUGUUCUGGACCAAAAGAAGUCAAUGAACGUGAUUUGGAAAGUUUGAAGGCUAGCGAAUUUGGUGAAGCUCCUAAAUCAUCUAAAGAGAACAAUAGAAGACCUGCUCCAGAGGCUGAAGCUAGCUCAGGAAAUGAGAUGACAACCCAGAGACGACAAGACAAAAAGCCAAAUACACAGCUAGAAACCAGCACUGAGACCAGAGGGAACAACCAGCGACAACAAUACAACACAAUGAUGAAGAACAAGGAUGCCACCACGGGGGGAACAACAACCAAGAUUGAAAGAGUUCAAGGCACAAAGACCAGCGGCCAGAUAGAGGAUAACAACAAUAACGCUGCCAGGAAAACAACAGGUAAAAACAAAACUAAAGACAAGAAACGAAACAAAAAGAACAAACAAAAGAAAAAGCGAGAUCCAAAGAAAAAUCGCAAGAGGAGACAAAGGAAAAAGGGGUCAAAGCGAGGAAAAAGGAAGAUUUCCAGAAAGUGCACCAAAUUGCCAACUGGGGAAAGACGUUGCUGUCGUAAACAGAAAGAUGGUUCUGAGCGAUGUAGAAUCAUAAAGCCCCGAGCCAAAAAACCCACAACAAGAGCUCGCAAACUCAGAAAACAGCGUAGAAAAUCUCGCAAAUCUGCAUGAGACACUUGUGACUUUGUCCAAUGUGCAUGACUUCUAGCAUUACUUUUUUUUGUUGUGUUUCAAGUCCAAUGACUUUCUGUGCAUGAUCUGACUCAGUUCAAACUCUUUCACAUUGUGUUUUGUGGACUGUAAUGCAUGACAAAACAAAUCUUUUUUUCAUACUGAAAAACCUGCCUUGUACUCUUAUGAUUUUAUUUAUAAGCAGUUUAUCAUUUUCUCCACUUUUCUGUCUUAUCCAAGGGAAAAGUUGCCUUUUUCAUUUAUUUUUUUUUGGCUUAUUACAGCUUGUUUUUCCACCCAAAUUCAAACAAAAUUUUCAAACUAAAUAAGUUAAAAUUUCACUUUAAAUUACACUUAAAAUACUUAUUUGUUUUCAUUUCCAUACCAUAUUAAUAAUAUACCCAAAUCUUUUUAUGAAUAAGGCUUUCACAUAUAUCCUUGCUAUUUUGUGUUUUCCAUAAAAAAAGAAUUAAUUUUAGUAGUUAUUUUCAAAUAUACUCAGAGCUUAUUUUUGUACCA